AUUAUAUUAACAUAUCAACACAUUUCUAAAGUAAUUAAGAAUUUGAAUUGCAAACUUAAACUUAUCAUAAAAUAAGAUCAAUUUGAUGAUUUUAAUUAUUUGAGGCACUUUACAAAAAAAUAAAAUGAUAAGUACUAAAAUAUAAUAUUUUAAAAAAUAACUCAAUACAUUUUAGAAUAUAGUGAUAUGUGUCAGUUACGACACAUGUUUUAGCUAUUUAUUAUGAGUUUAUGUAUAAAAUUCAAAUUUUUAUUUAGUUUACGAAUGUUUUUGCACGUUAAUAUAGUCUAGGUAUGUAUUUUUCCGUCUUCGUAGUUUGGUCAUGAAUAAACUGUUUUCUAGGCCCUGUUAUGUAUAAAUAUUUUAAGGACCUUUUUUUUUUACCAAAAUGUAGUUAGUUCUACUGGUGUUUCUCCAAUUCUAAUCUAUAAAGAGUUGGGGGUUCGAUUCUUUGCUCCAUAAAUUUUAAUGUUUUUUUCAAAAUAAGUAACUGAAGGGCCAAAAAUAUAUUUUGUGCUUGAGGGCUCACAAAAGUUAGGCACAGCCUUGAUCCUAUCUCUGACGUCUGUCCUUGGGAAAGCAAUUGUUCCCGAAUCAAUAAGCUAGGAUUCGCGAUUUACGUUGAGAUGUUCUGAAAUGUUCUGCGGAUGGUUCGGUAGACGAUUGCAGAAAAGUGUUACAUAGAAUACACAACCAUAUAUAGUGUUGUAACUACAAAUGCAAGAACUAUAGCACGAACAGAAGCACAUUGCUGAUAUGGAUCUCAUUCUUGGCAAGCUAGAGAAGAGGAUGAUGAGGCAGAGAGAAAGAAGUUUAUUGUUUCAGCACAGCAAGGGAAUUGUGAUUGCAUUUGAGCUUAUAAGUGAAUGGAAAUAGAAACCGGUUAGGGUGUUGAAGAAGAACUUAUUUUGGACUGAGUUCUAAAAAAAAGAGGAACAACUUAUGUUGGACUCAACAGUUGGGUAUUUAGUUUGGUUUCAGAUAAGAACCAUCCAGUUUCAAAUUUAUCAGAUAAGUAUAUUUUAUACCCAUGUAGGAAUUGGUAGUAGUUUGGUUAGAUUUUUUAGGAAUCAUUCUUUUUAAUAGUAUAAACUAGAUUCUGACCGUCUUUUAAAAGGACAGGUAUAUUUUUGUUUUACAUGUUUUUAAAAUUUUAAUUUUUAUAUUUGUAUUUUUUAUAAUUAUAUUUGUGUUAGGCAUGAGCAUCUUGAUCCUCAGGUCAGGUUCGGAUCGGAUCCAAGACCUUUGAGUCUUGAAAAUUUGAACCCAUAUAAGUAUUUAUAUUGUUUUGGGUCAGUUCUGAAUCGGUCUUGUCGGAUUCGGGUCGGUUUGGAAUGAUAAUUUUAAUACCGAUAAAAUAUUUUAAUCUUUAAAACAAAAAAGUAAAGUGGGUCAAAAUUAUACAAUAAUUAAUUUUCUCUUAAAAAAUAAUUGCUAAAGAAUCAAAAAUUUAAUCAUAAAAAAUAAAUUUUAAUCUCAAUAUUUUUGGAUAAUAUUGCAAACAUGUAACCAUUUAAAAAAAUUAAUAUCAAAAUUUUUUUGUGUAGCCCCUUCCCCUUUCAACCUAUUUGUUUAAAUUUGAAUGCACCAUUGUUAUUUAGGUUCAUGAAAUAUUUGACAGAAAACAAUUUAAUAUUAAUUGAAAAUUGUACCAUGAUCAAAUAAUUUUGAAGACUGUAAAAUUGACCCGUGCUUAGCACGGGCGUUAAGCAUGGGCAUUGAUACUAGUAUAUUGAUAAAGUGAAAAAUUAUAAGUUAGUCGAAAUAGGCCAGUGGUAAAUUAGGUGUACGCUUACAUUCAUAACCCAAAUGUGAACAUCAUGUGUGCCACUUACUGUAUAAUUCCAGAUUUUUAGACAUGGAUAUCAGUUAAAUUGGAUGAUUAAUCGAUUCUAAGUAAAACCAGAACCAAACCAAUAGCCACAAUUCCUCACAAUAAGCACUGAUGGAUACAAAGCUUAAAUCCGAAAUAAGAUCCCAAAGGCUCAUUUUGAAUUGGUUCUAGAUCUGCUAAUUGAUUCUACUUUUAAGACCAUGUACAAUAAACCAGUUGAAACAUUUAUUCAACUAUUGAAUAAAACAAUGGUAGUGUUAAAAAAAAAAUACAUGGAUUAGUUUUAGUUGAACAGAUUCAAUUAAUAAAAAAGCAUGAAAAUGAGAUCUACAUGAAAGAUAUUGGACUAAUCAAACUCAAUCAGUGUCUUUCACGCUCUCAGAAAGAGAGUGAGGAGUUGGAAAUUAUAUUUCUUUUAAACAUAUAUUUUUUAAAAAUUCUAAUUGGUUGUUAAAUUUAUUAAGAUUCUUUUUACUCUAUUUGUUUCAAAUGAAUUAUUUUGUAGUUAAUAUUCUUGUUAAAAAGUUGUUUACAUCAUAAUUCAUCAUUUUCUUCAUCUAUAAAAAGAUAUUUUGUUUAUUUAAUUUGGACACAUAAAUUUUUAAUAAUUAAAAAUUAAAUGAUGAUGAAAAAAAUAUGAUGUAGAUUUUAAAAAUGUAAAAAUAGUAUGUUGAAUAAUAAAACCAUUGGCUAAUAUUCAUGCCUAAACUUACGGGUAUGUGGAGAUUGCCAUAACGCGAUGAAAUAUAUAGCAACGGUCUCUCGAAGAGAGAUUUGAAUCGUUUUUAUCAUUAUAAAGAUGGUAAAUAGUUCAUUUAAUGACUAUUGGCUGUCUUGAAAACAAUCAAUAGAAAAUCUAAGGUAUUGCAAUGGACUAAUAAUCACACCAUCUAUAUUUGCUUACCUUUGAAUUGAUUCAUCCUUGCACUUAAAGAAAGAGAGAUUAGGAUGGAGAGAUCAAGACAUGGAAGAAAACAGUUGAGCUUUAUCUCUCGUCUAUUCUCUCUAAAAGUUAAAGCUUGUUAAACAGUGUUCUCUCCCGCGGCUGGUGGCGUGUGAGCGCGCGUGCCGCCACUGAAGAUCUCUCCCUACCCUUAAAUCUAUGGUUUUCUUUUGCUGCUGCUCGAUCUCCAACGCCCUUUCCAAUAUGCUUGUGGUUCUGGUUUUAGGGUUUUUCUCGGGCGUGUCUCUCCUCGCAAAGGGUUCGUCUCAGGAGUUGAUUCUGCUUACUCUGGCAUUGUGGCAAGGUCGUCAGUGUGCUAGUUUAUGGUAGCAGUCGGCUCUUAGGGUUAUGAGAGAAUCAAUUUCUUUUUCGAUCUUUUUGGGUUCUUCGUGAUUGAAGGUGGUAAAGGAUGGUUUUGUCGUCCUAGCUCAGUGGCGAAGAUUUGUCUCGUCGGGAUGGUGGUUAUGUCGAUUCCAUGGAUUCGUUCUACGGAUGUUCUUUGGUGUUGGCGAGGACCUCUUCUUAUUCUCUGGAAUCAGGGGAUCACCAAGAUGCAAGUCUCAUGGUGUUUGUUUUUGAAUUGGGUUAACAAAAAUUUAAACUUAAAAAAAAAAACAAGAACUGAAUUGUUUUCUGAUUUUUGAACGACAGAAUUAUAUCGGUUUAAGUAAAGAAAAAACCCUUAAAUAUUUCGGCUAUUUGAUAAGGGCCUAACGUGAAAACUUUACACAAUUAUAAUUACCCAAUGGAGAACCUUCUAGAGACUUGUUAUGAAACGGACCUGUUAUACCGUCGAUAGAGAAAACGCCGUCGUCUCGGAUGGACCUUUCAGACUCCGGGUCAGUAGAUACCGAGAGAUGUGGGUCUUGUAGAAUCUGGCACGCGCAAGCCACACUCCCUUUUUAUCCUUAACCACAUACUUUUUUUUUCUUUCUAAAUCGUCAUCCUUGUUCUUCGUUUCGUGAGAGUCUACAAAUCUGAGUUGUCCGCUUCUUCAUCAUUUCUCUAGAAGACGAGCGAAAAUAUUAUCUAGAUUAACCUAACCGCCUUCUCCUCCAUAAUACAAAGGUGCUUCUCUCAUCCGCUGAUCAUCAUCUCUUCCGUUGAGUGUUUUCUUGUGACUAUUCUCCGACAAUUAGUUUCCAUUACAUCGAAAAAUCCGACCAGGUUGCGAUAUGACUUCGUAUAUGAGUUCUGCUCCUUCAGUCACAAAUUUCUGGACAACACCUAACAACGUGAUCCAAUUAGCUGGUAUGGUAUCCACUGAAUCAUACCACUUGUUGAGUGGGAAGAAGACUCUUAUCUUCUCCCUCAGGCCUACCAAGAGUUUUCCACUAUCACUUACUCAGAUGAAGAUCAGAGUUCCGAGAACCUUAGCUUUUGCCUCAGCGAAAGGGAAAGGCAAAGCUGAAAGCGGAGUGGAGGCGGCUAUCGUUGGUGAUAAUAAUACCUCCACAGAACGUAACUGGAGUUUCGACUUUCCAGAGUCCAAAGCUGAGUUUUGUCUUGUAGACUCAGAGGCAUGCCAAAACCUGUCUAGUGUUCUUGAAAAACUCAAUGCUCUUCGCUCACAUCUACUAGCAGCAGAGAAGUGGAACGCUUCUAGACUUCAGUCAUGUGACAGCAAAUAUCUAGAAUGUGCUACAAACUUAAUCCAUUAUAUGGCUUUGAGGUCAUUGGACACUGAGCAGCUCAACAGCUAUCUUGCUUCUCUUAGUCUGUCAAGUUUAGACAACAACAACAAACUGUCUGUUCUCUCCAACCUUGACGCAACCAUUAAUCUGUUGAUGAAGUCUCCCAUGGAAUCUUGGAAGCAGCAGAAGGGUAAUAAGAUUAUUCAGAAGAAUGAUAAAGGAAGGGUAUUAUCAUCAUAUAAAGAGUCAUUACUUGGUAAGCUUCGUGAGGGGAAAAGAACUCAUAUCAUGGUAACCGUUGGUAAAGAAGCAACCGAGAGUGAAACUUUUAUAACAGACAUUCUUAAAGCUGGCGCUUCGGUUAUCCGUAUUAACUGUGCACAUGGAGACCCCACCAUUUGGGGUGAGAUCAUCAAAAGGGUAAGAAGAGCCUCUCAGAUGCUUGAGAUGCCAUGCCGCGUUCUUAUGGAUUUAGCUGGACCAAAACUGAGAACUGGCACCUUAAAACCUGGUCCAUGCGUGAUGAAAGUUUCACCCAAGAAAGAUGCUUACGGAAACGUGGCUUCUCCUGCUAUUGUAUGGCUCUCUGUAACAGGAACAGAACCUCCUCCUCACCUUUCCCCUGACGCUACUAUGUUCGUACAAGACCAUGAGUUUCUUGCUGGUCUCCAAAUUGGUGAUUCUGUAAGACUAUAUGACGCUAGAGGGAAAAAGAAAAAGCUUAGGAUCUCAAAAGAGUUUGAUGUUUUCUCCAGUACUGGAUUUGUGGCUGAAUGUUUUGACACUGCUUAUGUUGAGUCUGGAACUGAGUUAUGCGUUAAGGGAAAUAGAGGGAGACGUUUGUUUGGUGAAGUAGUGGAUGUUCCUCCCAAGGAAUCUUUUGUAAGGCUCAGAGUGGGUGAUUUGCUAGUCAUAACCAGAGAAGGAUCCUUUGAUGAACCUUCUGUAACUGUUCCAGGAGCUCAUAGGCUAACUUGUCCUUCAGGUUACUUGUUUGAUUCGGUCAAGCCAGGGGAAACCAUUGGUUUUGAUGACGGCAAAAUCUGGGGAACAAUCAAAGGAGCUAGCCCUGCAGAGGUGAUUGUCUCCAUCACUCAUGCUGGUCCAAAAGGUACAAAACUAGGAUCAGAGAAGUCUAUAAACAUUCCUCAGAGUGACAUCCGUUUCAAAGGCCUGACUUCAAAAGAUAUCAAAGAUCUUGAGUAUGUAGCUUCACAUGCUGACAUGGUUGGCAUUUCAUUCAUACGUGAUGUCCAAGAUAUUACAGUUCUUCGACAAGAGCUCAAGAAAAGGAAACUUAAUGAUCAGCUUGGUGUUGUUCUCAAGAUUGAAACGGAAAGUGGGUUUGAGAAUCUGCCCUUGAUUCUACUAGAGGCGAUGAAGUGUUUGAAUCCUUUGGGAGUUAUGAUAGCUCGAGGUGAUCUUGCGGUUGAAUGUGGAUGGGAGAGAUUAGCUAAUAUACAGGAAGAGAUUAUGGCUAUCUGCAAAAUUGCUCGAGUGCCGGUGAUUUUGGCGACUCAGGUUCUUGAAUCACUUGUCAAAUCAGGUGUUCCAACUCGAGCUGAGAUCACAGAUGCUGCUAGUGGCAGAAGAGCGAGCUGUGUGAUGUUGAACAAAGGCAAACAUAUCACUGAAGCUGUUUCGAUGUUGGACACUAUCCUCCAUACCAAGCUUACCUAUAAGAAGCUGGACUCUGGAAAUCUACAUUGAUGUGCUUAUUACUAGAAAGAGAACUUGUAGUUUGGUAGGCCAGUCCAUGAACUGGGUGCGUCCGGUUAAGUCCUAGUUGAACAUUGCGUCUUCUGCACUGGAACCCGUCGCCUUGGAGUCUUUAGCUGUUAUUCUAUUCGUAUAGUUCUAAAAGAAAGAGAUUUUAGUGGGAAUCUAAUAUGUUUUUAGGUUAUAAAACAAUCAUUAGUAAUAUCAAAAGCUUUGCCCUCUA